AUGGGAUUUGAUUAGUAAUUGAUGGAACGAUUUGAACUUCUAUUACCAUUUGUUUUAGAAACAGAAGGAGGUUAAAUAUAUCAAUAAGAGUAUUAGAACCAACCUAAUAAUUCUCGUAUAUCAUAAGAUUCUUAUAAUCAAUAUAGAAAUAAGAAAUAAAAAUAAAACUAAAAUAUGGUAAAUUAAUAAAUUAAAGAUGCUUCCUUACUCAGUAAAGAGGAUAUUAAAGAAUAUUAUCUUGAUAUAUUUAUUAAAAAUAAAUGUGAUAAAAUUCUAGAUUUAAGAACUUGUUAUUUAUAUUUUGAUAUGGUUAUUAAUAUAGGAUCUGAAAAUGCUACUCUCAUAAUACAAAAAGCUUGUAAUUCAACCUUAGAUGGUAUAUUCAAUAAAAACAUUAUUUCAAUUGCAAAUAAUAUUGAAUAAAAUAGAUUAUAAAAAAGUAUUAUUGAUGCAAGAAAGAAAUAAUUUUAAAAAUUUUGUGAACUUAAACCACAUAUUAGGAAAUUUGAAAAAGAUCUCAAUAAUAGACUUAGCAAAAUCUAAGAACGAAUCUCAUAAGGACUGUUGAAUAUAGAUAAGACUCAAAAUAAUAGAGAUACACCUAACAAUUAGUAAGGAAUAAAUAUAAAGAAUAAUCAAAUGAAAGAUAUUAAAUAAAAAAUCAAUUAACCAAAAGCAUCUUAAAAACCUAUUAAUCAACAAUAAGUAAUUGAUAAAUUAAAAGUCAAUUAAAAAGAAAUUUAAUAGAAUGAUAAUAAAAUAAAUCUAUAUAAAUUGAAUAAAAUAAAAGGAGUAAAUAAAUAGACAGCAUAAUUUUUAUUAGAUAAAAAUGAUAAUAUUCAUUUGUCUGAUUUAGCAACUGUAUUAUUAGUUUAUAAUGAUCCAAAUUUAGAUGAUAAACAUAAAGGCAUAUGCUUUAGUUUAGAUCCAAUAGUAUAACCAAAUUAGGAAGAAUUCAAAUAAUAAGAGAAAGUUUGUUGGCCAGAUAAGUUUGUUAAUAGGAAUAUUAUUCAAGAUACAGAAUUUGCUUAAAUACUCUUUGAAACAGAUUAUUUACUUAAAUUAAUGAGUCUUGGAGUUUAAGAUGAUGGCAAAACUCCUUUUUAAUAUCCUAAAGAACUUUCAGAUAAAGGUUUAAAAUCAUGUAUAGCAUUUGGAAAGGGAUAAUUUACAAAAUUAUUAUGUAGAUUUUGGUUAGUACCAUAAUAAUGUACUUAUCAAUUCAAAGAUAAUAAGUAUAUAGUGAAUGAUAUAAAAAUUAUAUGUUAAGCUAGAUAAAUAGAGAGAAUUAAUUCAUAAUUAUAAGAUAAAUAAGCUUAGGAUAUUAAUGAUAUGUCAUACUAAUUUGCUUAAAAGUUUAGUGAAUUAUAUGAUUAAAUAGCAAUUCAUUAUCCAAUUUUUAAUAGACUUAAAUAAUUAUUUAAAGCUGUUGCUUUAGGGAAAUGGAUGUAUUAAAAUAGAGUAAAAGUGGAUUAUUAAAAAUUAUAAGAAUAAAUAAUAAAGGUAAAUAAUCAACCAAAAGUGAUUCCUAUUUUAAAAUUUGAAUAGAUAGGAGAUGAAUCUAAGAUACCAGUAAAUUAUACAUUAAAUGAGAAGAUUUAGAAGGCUAAAGAUUAUUUAAUUGAGAAAGGUCAUCCAACAACUUAAAAUUUAAUUGAUUAAGUAGUUUAAUAAAUUCCUGAUUUGAAAGGAUAUUAGAUUUCAUAAUAAGUAUUUUAUACUCUUGGAGGUAUUGAUCCAAAUUGUUAGAAUAUGAUUGCAUAGGAUUUUAUGAAAGAGACAAAAGGAGAAGAAGAAGAUUAAAUAGAAAUACCUUUUUUUCCUUGUAUAAAGUGUAAAGAUUGUUAAAGGAUGGUUGAAAAAUAAUUGAUUUCAUUAGAUUAAAGUAAAUGUUCAGUUCAUAAUGAUUUUACAUGUUUUUUAUGUUUAGAAUUAGUAACUAGUGAAGAUAAGGAACCAAGAUGUUGUGUUAUAAAUAAUUUCAAAUAUAUAUUUCAUAAAGAAUGUAGUGAAGAAUAUGAAACAAUAUUAAAUAGAAAGAAAGAUUUAUUAGAUUUUUGA